GCUGCCAGCCCCCGCGGGGCCGGGGCCAUGCAGGAGAGCCAGACCAAGAGCAUGUUCGUGUCCCGGGCCCUGGAGAAGAUCCUGGCCGACAAGGAGGUGAAGCGGCCCCAGCACUCCCAGCUGCGCAGGGCCUGCCAGGUGGCGCUCGAUGAAAUUAAAACAGAGAUAGAAAAGCAGAGGCUUGGCGCUGCCGCACCACCAAAGGCAAACUUCAUUGAAGCUGACAAGUAUUUCCUUCCAUUUGAGCUAGCUUGCCAGUCCAGGUCCCCCCGGGUGGUCAGCACAUCCCUCGACUGCUUGCAGGUACCACAUUGAAGCUUGCUGGUGUAAAGAGGGUUUCCUCCAAGCCAUCGCUGGUCAUUUUAGGGGAACUAUGCUUCCAGGGUGAUGGAGGAAGGAGCAAUCCAGCAUGUUCUUUGAGGGAGGGGAGGGUAAGGGGUCUGACCUCCUUAGCCAGAACAAGAAUGUGUUUGCCUGGAAAUACUUUGUUGUACUCCCUUAACGUAUGUUUUUCUAAGUGAAACCUUCAGGAUUAGUUGGAAAUGUGGGUACACGUGGGCACAUGCAAUAUUUUUAUGUCACCUCUUUCUUGAUGGCAUUAAAAUUCAGAAUAUCAAGUAGAGAAAUAGAUAUCACUAUUCAUCAUUUGUGGUAAUAUUCUAUAAAGACACUGUGAAUGUGGAAUAAGCAAAUCCUGAAUCAUUGUUCCCAUAAGAAAUACAGGAUAAGGUGCCUGUGAGCCUCUGGUGUAAACACGUUCAUCAACUGGUCAAUACAUAAAGCAAUAUGUAACUUU